AUGACGGCUGUGUGCCCUGCUGGGGUGGGACCUGCUGGGGCUACAGUGGGGUGCUCCAGGGGGUCUGGGGCUGGGGUUUUGACUGGGAGUACAGGGGGUCAGGAUAAGAGAUACGCACGCUGGAGCCGCUUGGAGAGCUCGGACAUCACUGCAGAUGACGAGGGGGUCCCUGGCCACCGCGUCACCCCCCUGGAGAGGCUAAACCUGGACAUGUGCCAGGACGACAGGGUGGUCCGUGAGCUCACCUUGGGCCGGCGUAUCGGCUUCUACAAGGUCCGUGGGGAGAUCGGCUGUGGAAACUUUUCCCACGUCAAACUGGGGAUCCACGCCCUCACAAAAGCUUUCUCCUGUCAUCUCAUUGUCAUGACGUUGGCCUGGGGGUGGCCAUUAAAAUCCUGGAUAAGACCAAGCUGGACCAAAAGACCCAGAGGUUACUAUCUAGAGAGAUAUCCAGCAUGGAGAGACUGCAACACCCCAACAUCAUACGCCUUUUACGAGGUGGUGGAGACAUUGUCACGGUUACAUCUGGUGAUGGAGUAUGCAGGCGGAGGAGAGCUCUACACCAAGAUCAGCACAGAGGGGAAACUGUCCGACAUCGACAGCAAGAUCGUCUUCUCUCAGAUCCUCUCAGCUGUCAAACACAUGCAUGACAACAGCAUCAUCCACCGUGACUUGAAGGCAGAGAACGUCUUCUACACCUGCAGCACCUGCGUCAAGGUGGGAGACUUCGGAUUCAGCACGCUGAGCCGCCGCGACGAGACUCUAAACACCUUCUGCGGCUCCCCGCCCUACGCCGCGCCAGAGCUCUUCCGGGAUGAAAAUUAUCUGGGCGUCUUCGUAGACAUCUGGGCUCUGGGCGUCAUGCUGUUCUUCAUGGUGACAGGAAGCAUGCCCUUUAGGGCGGACACGGUUGCCAAGUUGAAGCGCUGUAUCCUGGAGGGGGCCUAUGUGCUGCCCUCCUGGAUACUGGAGCCCUGCCAGAGGCUGAUCAGAGGCAUCCUCCAGCCCCAGCCCUCAGAUCGCUGCAGUGUAGAGCAGAUGAUGGGCUGUGAGUGGCUGCUGAGUGUAGACUUCCCCCGGGCCAUGGAGCCCUUUAAACUGGACCCGUCCUAUCUGGCCGAGAGCACACCUUCAGAGUUGGAGGAGGACGAGGCGGAGGUGAGGGGGGCACUGGAGACACUAGGGAUCACCACGGAGCAUGUCUUGAAUAAUCAGGGGAAGGACUGUAGGAGUUCUAUAACAGGUGUUUAUAGGAUUCUGUUGCACCGUGCUCACAAUAGGCGGGCAGUGGAUAGCAUGCCUGCGGUUACGCAUGUGGUCGGGGCCAGAGUGAGUAAAAAGGACCGGCUAAAGGCGUACCGCAGCUUACGGCACACCUCCAAGCUCUGUGUGAUUCUGUGAUGAAAAGCCUUUACUCCUAUAGUUGAACUUUAUUGUAUUUUUUUUUCAAACGAUUAGAAUGUAUGUUACUGUGAAUGACGAAUGAGAUGGUGAAUUUUAAAUCAGUUUGAUUUCUGUCUUCAAAUCAAAUCAAAUGUAUUUAUAUAGCCCUUCGUACAUCAGCUGAUAUCUCAAAGUGCUGUA